AUGCCGGCUGACUGCAGCGACCGGCCUUCAGCGGCAAGCGACGCGACAAACGGUUUGGAGCACAGGCACGAUAGCCUCGUUUCCGAACCUGUAGUUCAGGACUCUGAUCUCGCUGGAGGAAGCAGUGGAAGCUGUCCCGUCCCGACGGCACCGGUGAGCUCGUUGCAGUCGGAGUGCACCUCGGCGACCAAAAGCAGUGUGGGAGCACCGGCGAGCGAUCCGCACCAUGCCCGGGAGCUGGCGCUUGCAGACCUUGCGGAAAACGGCCCCAACAACUUCGCACCUAACUCCAAUGCAAUCCACCAGACCAUAUCUUAUUCAGCGGAUCGUCUGAUAGGCAACGGUUCCUUUGGCGUCGUUUUCCAGGCGACAGUGGUCGAGACCGGCGAGAUCGUGGCCAUCAAGAAAGUCAUCCAGGACAAGCGGUACAAGAAUCGGGAACUGCAGAUUAUGCGGAUGCUCUCCCAUCCAAAUAUCGUAGAAUUGAAACAUUGCUUUUUCUCCUCCGGAGAAAAGACAGGGGAAGUGUGCCUCAACCUUGUGCUCGAGUACAUACCCGAGACGGUCUACCGCAUUUCAAGGCACUACUCGAAACUACGCCAACCGAUGCCGCUUUUGUACGUGCGUCUCUACGCAUACCAACUACUUCGCGCCUUGGCCUAUAUCCACGACUUGAACAUCGCACAUCGCGACGUGAAACCGCAGAAUCUCCUCGUCGAGCCGCGCACGCAAGUGCUCAAGUUAUGCGAUUUUGGGUCCGCCAAGGUUCUAGUACCCGGAGAAAAAUCCCUCUCCUACAUAGUUUCACGCUUUUACCGGGCAAUCGAGUUACUGAUUGGUUCAGAAGACUAUACGCCAGCGAUUGACCUCUGGAGCGCAGGCUGCGUCAUUGGGGAACUCCUGCUCGGGCGUCCGCUUUUCUGCGGUGAGUCGGGCCUCAGCCAGCUGAUCGAAAUCAUCAAAGUUCUGGGCGCACCAACCGAGGAAGAUCUCGUCGCGAUGCGGAGCAAGCACAGUGACUUCAAAAUUCCCCGGGUGCAGCCAUUGACGCUUCGGCGUGUCUUCAAAGCACGCACGGACGCCGAUGCUGUCGAUCUGGUUAGCCAGUUGCUCGUCUACAAUCCGCAGAAGCGGAUUCGGGCGAUGCAGGCGCUUGCGCAUCCCUUUUUUGACCCACUGCGCCAACUGGAAGCAGCCCUGCCGAACGGUCGUCCGUUACCGCCCCUGUUCAACUUCUCCCAACGAGAAUGGGAAAUCGCUGGAAUCGACCUUGCUCAUCGUAUCCUUCCACGCGAGCACUUUGAAGCGGCGCUACGCAUGUACGGGGUGUCUCGCCAGCGGGCGUCGGGCGCCUCCGCGUGA